GAAUGGAACGGUUUUCGAGCGGCAUUUAAAUAUUUUUAUUUACAAAGAAAUACGUAUAUUUAUUAAAAUGUGUGUCGUCAUCUUAUCAGCACUUUUACUUUUAUUUAAUCUCGAGUGGAUUAAGGCAAAUGCUACAAUGACAAACACAACCCGCAAUAAAUUGCCUAAUAUUAUUAUUUUAUUAGCUGAUGAUAUGGGAUUUGAUGAUGUGAGCUUUCGCGGUGGAAGAGAAUUUCUAACACCAAAUAUUGAUGCAUUGGCUUAUCAUGGACGCAUUUUGGAUCGUCUCUAUGCACCGCCCAUGUGUACACCUUCCCGAGGAGCUCUGCUAAGCGGGAAAUAUCCCAUACACACAGGUACCCAACAUUUUGUAAUUAGCAAUGAGGAGCCCUGGGCACUUUCACUGAAUACUACGUUGAUGCCAGAGAUCUUUCGGAAUGCAGGAUACUCUACCAAUUUAAUAGGAAAGUGGCAUUUGGGAUUCGCUAGGCCAGAGUACACGCCCACACACAGAGGCUUUGACUACCAUUAUGGCUAUUGGGGAGCCUACAUUGACUACUAUUCAAGACGCUCGAAAAUGCCGGCUGAUAACUACAGCAUGGGCUAUGAUUUUAGACGAAACAUGGAGCCGGAAUGUGCAGAUCGUAAUGUCUAUGUCACCGAUUUAUUGACCAACGAGGCGGAGCGUCUUAUAAAAGAGCAACCGACUAAGCAGAAGCCUCUCUUCUUAAUGCUCAGCCAUUUGGCACCACACACGGCCAAUCUUAAGGAACCAUUGCAGGCGCCACAGGAUGAACUCAGUAAAUUUGUUCACAUUAAAGAUCCAAAUCGCAGAAAGUAUGCUGCCAUGGUUUCACGCCUGGAUCAGAGUGUGGGCCGCAUUGUCAGCGCCUUGGCGAGCACAGAGCAGCUGGAGAACAGCAUUGUCAUCUUCUACUCGGACAAUGGCGGACCUUCAGUUGGCAUGUUCGCCAAUACAGGCUCCAAUUGGCCACUUAAAGGUCAGAAGAAUACACCCUGGGAAGGUGGCGUGCGUGUGGCCGGAGCCAUUUGGAGUCCAUUGCUGGAGGCACGAGGCAAUCUGUUUACUCAGCCCAUUUAUGUGGGAGACUUUCUGCCGACUCUAGCACAUGCAGCCGGGAUUGAGCUACCAGAGUCGCUGAAACUCGAUGGCAUUGACUUGUGGCCACAGCUGUCAGGAUCAAAAGAUGCUGCUCAUGUGCCACGAGAGAUUCUACACAACCUGGAUGAUGUGUGGCAAGUGAGCUCCUUGAUGCUCGGCCAAUGGAAGUACGUGAAUGGCACGACUUCGACAGGUCAAUACGAUAAUUUACUGACCUAUCGCGAGUUAGAUGAUCUAGAUCCUCGCGGACGUCGUUAUGUGGUUGAGGUGCGCAAUUCACCUACUUCGAAAGCCCUCUCGCGAUUUGAUCUACAGAGACUGACACAGUCGCGGGUAAAUAUCCUUGGUAGAUCUGCAACUGUGCGCUGUGGUGACUUACAACGUGGUUGCAAUGCUCUGCUGGAGGAGUGUCUGUACGAUCUCACUGAGGAUCCCUGCGAGCAAAAUAAUCUGGUUUACUCUGAGCGACAUGCUGAGGUUCUUUUAGCACUGCGUCAGCGUGUCCAUCAACUACGUGCCGGAGCUUUGAUGCCUGCUAAUCGCCCCAAAGUCCGUUAUUCUGAUCCCGGCUUGCAUGAGUGUACCUGGGAUAGUUUUGAAGUGAAGGAGGCAGGCAAAGUGCGUCUGCAAUGCGAUUACCAAGAACUGCCUUGUAACGGAAAAUGAGCGAUUAAGAAUAAAGGUCAACAUUUUAAU